AUGGACCACGAACACCAGAGCAAGAGGCAUAAACUGGGCGUCGUCUCGGGCGUCUACAUCCCAGUAUGCCUCAAUAUCCUCAGUAUCCUCAUGUUCUUGAGGUUCGGCUCCAUCUUGGGUCAGAUCGGUCUACUUGGCAUGCUCGGACUUCUCUUCAUUGCAUACUCGGUUGAUUUUGUCACUACUCUGUCCCUAUCAGCCAUUGCCUCCAAUGGUGAAGUUAAGGGAGGGGGUGCCUACUACCUCAUCUCCAGGUCACUUGGCCCGGAGUUUGGAGGCUCUAUCGGUAUCCUGUUUUACCUGGCGCAGGUCUUGAACACUGCACUCAACGUCGUCGGUCUCAUCGACUGCCUGAGGCUGAAUCUGGGACCUGCCUUGCCUCAAGGGUAUUGGUGGACCUAUCUGUUCCAGACAGGAGCGUUGUUGAUGUGCACUCUACUAUGCCUGGCUGGCAGCGCCAUGUUUGCAAAGGCGAGUAAUGGCUUAUUGGCCAUUAUGGUCAUCUCUAUCCUGAGUAUCCCCAUCUCGGCCAUCUUCCUGCCUUCCUUCAACGAUCCGGUCAGUGGCAUUGAGUUCACGGGUGUCAGUCUCACCACUUUGCGGUCCAACCUGUGGCCGCACUUUGCUGGCGACGAGUUCAAUGGAGCUGGCACCUUCAGAGAUCUCUUCGGUAUCCUGUUCCCGGCCACUUCGGGUAUCUUUGCUGGAGCGUCCAUGUCGGGUGAUUUGAGAAACCCCAGCAAAGACAUCCCCCGCGGAACUCUCUGGGCCAUGUUGUCAACUCUUAUAUCGUACGUGCUGGUCAUUAUUUCGUUGGCCUCAAGUACGACACACGGCACGUUCCUGCGAAAUACCAAUGUUAUCCAGGAGACGAAUGUCUGGCCUCCCAUCAUCUUCGCCGGAGAGUUUGCAACAUGCUUCUUCUCGGCUCUGAUGGGAGUAAUAGGCUCUGCCAAACUCAUGCAGGCCCUGGCUCGAGACAAGCUGGUUCCUGGUAUCUCUGUUUUCGGAAAAGGCACCAAGAAGACUGACGAGCCCUUACUCGCUAUCUUCUUGACGUACAUUGUUGCUCAGUUCGCCAUGUUCGCGAACCUGAACCAGAUCGCAACCUUCAUCUCUAUGGGAUAUCAAAUGACCUUCUUCGUCAUGAAUCUCGCCUGCUUCUUACUGAAAAUUGGAUCUGCUCCCAACUUCCGCCCGGGCUUCAAGUUCUUCAGCUGGCAGACUGCUUUCGCCGGCAGUGUGCUUUCAGCGGCUGCCAUGUUCUUUAUCGACGAGACAUAUGCCACCACGGCCGUCUCACUGCUCGUCACUCUAUUCCUGCUGAUCCACUAUUUGAGUCCGCCCAAGCGUUGGGGUGAUGUGUCACAGAACCUGAUCUACCACCAAGUCCGGAAAUACCUGUUGAGGCUGAAACCAGAGCACAUCAAAUUCUGGCGACCGCAGAUCAUCCUGCUCAUCAACAACCCGCGCAAGCAGACCCGUCUCAUCCAGUUCUGCAACUCGAUGAAGAAGGGCGGGCUGUACAUCCUCGGCCAUGUUAUUGUGACUGAUGACUUUUCCGCGGGAGUUGCCGAGGCCAAGCUCCAGCAAGCUGCAUGGACAAAGUACAUCUCGGAGUUCUCGAGGAUCAAGGCCUUUGUCCAGCUCACCAUGUCGCCAACCAUCACCUGGGGCGUGAGAAACCUGAUUCUCUCGGCGGGUUUGGGUGGUAUGCGGCCCAAUAUUGCUGUCAUUGGCUUCUACAACCUAGAGGACCUGCGUCGUUCGCGACCUACACUGAGGAUCUCGCACAAAGCGCCAACAUCGCCCGUUAAGGGCACUGAAACAAAACAACCCGUGAGGCAGCGGAAGAGAGGCGAUACUUCGGCAAGACUGAUGGAGGGGUUCUUGCCUACUGAUGUGAUUAAAACCGAGGAGAUGAUGUCGGUUACAGAGUAUCUCACUAUCCUUGAGGACUUGGCUCUGAGAUAUCGUCUGAAUGUGGCGGUUGGUAAAGGGUUUGAGACUCUGGAGACGCCGCGAAAGGAUGGGAGUAACACCAAGAAGUAUAUUGAUCUUUGGCCUAUUCAGAUGUCGGCGGAGCUGUCAGCCGAUGGCAGGAAUGUUUUGACCACCAACUUUGAUACGUACACUCUCAUCUUACAGCUGGGCUAUAUCCUCGACACCGUUCCCGCUUGGAAGAAGGUUUACCGAGUACGCGUGUUAGUCUUCGUCGAAUACGAAAGCGAAGUUGAGGAAGAAAGAGGCCGAGUCAAGGCUCUACUCGACAAACUGAGAAUCGAAGCCGAGGUGUUAGUCUUCUGGCUAGCCUCCGGAGAUCUCGGCACAUACGAAGCCAUUAUCCACGGACAUUUCCGCGACCAAAAAACAGAGAAACUAGUCAACGACUGCCUAGUAGACCAAGAAUGGUGGGAAGAUCUACAAAAGAUCCGGGGAGCCCAUGAUGCAGAGACUUCACAGCCCGACAUGAGUUCCGUACUAAACAUCGUCGAGUCAACUUCGGGACGACCGGGGUUGUACAAUCCGCACAUGAUAAUGAGCGAGUCCCCUUCUGAUCCGCAGGUGCGCGAUAGGAGGCGCGCUAGCUGGGCGCCACUCGCCAUGGCUGUUGAUUUACCCAAGAAGCCCACAGUCUCACAGCUGGUUCGGCUGGGAGUCAGCAUGGGGAUACACACUCAGAACCUGGCGGCGAAUGUGCUGGACAGCAGCAGUAGCUCAUCAUCAGACACGGACGUUGACGGUGAGAGCGACAGCGACAGUGAUAACAGCUCGUCUAGCGGGAGGAUAUUGGAUGGAGACUUCAAUGAUAUGGCGAGUAACGGCCGUGGCCUUGAAGGUCUUGAACCGUCACGAGUUCCUCUGUUGGGAGCAGCUGUGAGACGAAUGAGUCAUGGAGACCUCUUUGAUCGACUUAAGAAGCCCUGGAAGGAUAGGAGGAGAUCACGUAAGGCAGGACCAGGGCCGUCUACGCAGCAGCAGCAGCAGCAGCAAUCUUAUGGCUAUGGCGCAGUGUCUCAUUCGCAGUCCCAAAGAGAUACCGGGUCCGGACCCAGUCGCAGCAAUGGUUCGGAAAGUCGACUGAAGAAAGACGAUCUUCUAAGCGUGGCCACUCCUGAGGAGAGGCCAUCAUCUCAGAUGCCAAGGCCAGCACUAUCACGACAAAACUCGUCCAUCUUGAAAAGCUCUACCGCCAGAAAAUUCACCAGCUCACUGGUUCCCGAAACAAGAAUAACCAGUGAUGACACAGGAGCACAAAUUAUGUUUGCGGAACAAGAUCUAGAUCAGGUUCGCCCAGGGAUAUCACGUCGGUCUACACCAGGAGCUACUGCACUCCUUUCAAGCAAACAACAACCACUGGCCAGAAAUAACGACAAUGAAGGGAGCCCUAGGACGGUCACCUUUGUUGAGCCUCGCUACGAUGGUGCUUCUUCAUCCCCCGAUAAGUCCAGAGCGAACUCCCCACCAAGGACUUCUCCUGACACUGGCAGCGGGAAUGGUGACGUCCUCCUCAACAUCCCCGAACUCCUCUCUUCAUACCGAGGGUUCCAGCAGCAGCAGCAAGACGGUACCGACAACGAUGAUGCGUUGGAAGCAGGCUCAAGCUACUCCACCCAAGGCCUCCCGCUUUCCUUCAACGACCUCCCCAGUCGCGCGCAGCAUCUGAUUCUGAACGAGCUCAUGCGGCAGAAUAGUACCGACGCGGCGGUUCUGUUGACCACGCUCCCCGUGCCGGAAGAGAAUACGUGUCAGAGCGAGGAGGCUAGCUUGACGUACCUUGCUGAUGUGGAGGUGCUUUGCGAGGGGUUGCCGCCUAUGUUGUUGGUGUUGAGCAAUAAUGUUAGUGUUACUGUUAGUCUUUGA